AUGAAUGAAAACGAGGUACAAGUUGCGUUUUCUCCUCUAAAGGAGGAUAGUCCAGCACCGAAAAAGAAGAUCGUCCCACUAUCAGAUACGCAGCUUUUAUCGCCUCCGAAGGAUGCAAUGAAGCGAAGGCACGAUUCUGUUGAGAACGAAGAAGCAGCAUUUAUUCCAAAGAAAAUUGAUAUAGAAAAGGAAAUUCAGUCCUUUAUCACCACUCCAUUACUAGAAAUUUCCUCAGAUGGAGGUGCUCAUAUAACCCAUUCUGUAAAUAGCAACACGUACGUUCAACACCGACUCUCCGAGCCAUCAUCCGUCUCAUCAACCAUUCCUUCAAGUGCAACGCCUAAUUCAGGCACACCCUCUUCCUCUCAAUCACGCGAAUACCUUCUUCCUGACGACGUAUCAUCCUCUCAUUCCGCCUAUCUUCUCCAAGCCAUUCAUCAAAUCGUAAUCGAAAACCAAAACCUUCUACACUCUCUUCUCAGCCACUCCUCCUCCUCCUCCUCCUCCUCACACACCACCGAGCUCUCCCAGCACAUCGACGAGUUAGAGUCUCAGCUUCUCGCCGAGAAAUCGCGAUCCACACAAUUAACGAACUAUCUCAACGAUUGCAUGGAAUCAAACGACUCACUCUCGCUUCAGCUGGAGGCGGCGCGACGCGAGCUACGCGAGGUUCGAUCGGUGAACGCGGAGUUUAGUUUGCUGUCGAGAGGAGCGAAGAUUGCGAUGGAGCAGAACGAAGAAGUGGUCGGGAGAUUGCAGAAGCGAUGUGCGGAGUUGGAGGAGGAAGUGGAGAGCGCGAAGUGGAGGAGUGUGGAGAGAAGGGAGGCGAGGAAUGGAUGGAAGCGAUGGAUGGAGGGAAGGGAGUGGAAUGGAGAAGUGCCUUGGAGCGAUUUGAACAAGGAGAAGCAGAGGAGUGAAUCAGUGAAUGGAAGAUUGAAUGAAUCAGUGAAUGAAAUAUCAAAUGGAAGAUUGAAUGAAUCAUUGAAUGAAUCGUUGAAUGAAUUAUCAAAUGGAAGAAUGAAUGAAUCAUUGAAUGAAUCAUCGAAUGAAUCAAAGGAAUCCAAAGAAUCAUCAAAUACACAACACUUUUCAAAUGAAUCAUUGAAUGAAUCCCAUCUCACCAAUUCCCCGGAUUCUCCAACUCCUUUGCUUUCAUCCACUUCCUCCUCUCUUUCUAACUCGCAAUCCACGCUUCAAACUCACUCAGACAGCGCAGAGAAAAAAGACGAUCCCGCCUUCGACUCUGUCGAGUGGUCCGAAUCGAUGCGAACCGCCAGCUCGCUUCAAUUCAUGAAUCAGCUGCUUAUCCAGCAGCUCGCCGAAGAGCGAAAACGAAGCAGCGAAGCCGUGUCCAGCGAGGUUUGGAAGCAGACGAAAGAAGAAGCGGAAAGUCUGCGUUGCGCGUUAGAAAAAGCGAAGAAAGAAAACGAAGAGCUUCGCGAUUUGCUCAGCAAAACCGAUCUGACCGACUACCAGCUUUUAGAAGAUUCGCAGGAAGGCAGCGAAAUGUAA